CACAGAAUGUAUCAAAACACUUUCUCUUUGAAUUUUUUAAAUUUAUAAAUCGGGGUAAAUUUGUAGAAGGAGACGGCCAGUCGUUGUUUUGAACGAAUAAAGUGUGGAUGUUAAAGUUUUCGAUUAAAAAAAGAAUAAUAAUAAAAAGAAAAUGAACGUAUGCCGCUUUAUUUACCCAAUGUUUGUUUUAAACGGACUAUGUAUGGCACAAGAGAACUUUUUUAAAGAUAGUUCAAUUUAUGAAGAUCUAGUUAAAGCUGAAACAAUUUACAACAGUGCUGAUUCACUAUUUGCCAGGAAAAAUCACCAGAGCGAUAUUUUUUCAACGUCAUCAAAUAAAAUUAAUUUAAAAAUGGAAGAAAACAAUAUCGAAUGCGGAAUUAUUCCUGAUCAUUGCUCAAAUACUAUUUACCGUUCUUAUGAUGGUUCAUGUAAUAAUUUAAAAAAUCCAACAUGGGGAACUCCUAACACUCCGUAUAACAGGUUAUUACCUCCGAAAUAUUCAGAUGGUAUAAAGGAUCCCCCUUUAUCUAAAUCUGGUAAACCUCUACCACUUGCUCGUUCUAUUAGCCUACUUCUUUAUCCAGAUGUGCCAGUCGAAGAUCAUAUAUUUACAUUAAAUCUCAUGCAAUAUGGACAAAUAAUAACACACGACUUAAGUAUGACGACAGGGAGUAGCCAAACUCAACAUUACAAAAAUAGAUGUUGUUCAGAAGACGGACAACUGCUGGAUCUAGCCGAAGUUCCUGCUCAUUGUUACCCAAUGAUUAUCCCACAUGAUGAUCCUGCUCAUUCCCAUGAUAAUACCAGAUGUAUGAGCUUUGACAGAACAGUAACUAAUAAGGACAGAAACUGUGCUUCGAGACAUUAUACUGCAGAACAGCUAACUUCCGUGAACCACUAUCUAGAUUUAUCGUUUAUAUAUGGAAAUGAUGACGAAACCAAUCAUCAGUUGAGAGAAUUUAAAGGCGGCAGAUUACGCGCCGAUACUAGAAAAGGACAUCAAUGGCCUCCCAGAGCAGCGAACGCAUCAGCUACAUGUAGGCUAAAUAAACCGAAAGAUGCGUGUUACUUUGCAGGCGAUACAAGAAUAAACCAAAACCCUCAGCUAGCCCUUCUCCAUGUGAUAUUGCUUCGAGAACAUAACCGAAUAGCUGACACCCUCUCCAAACUUAAUCCCCAUUGGGAAGAUGAGAUACUAUUCCAGGAAUCUCGAAAAAUAAAUAUAGGCCAACAUCAACACAUUACGUAUUACGAAUGGUUACCAUAUUUUAUUGGCGAAGAAAAUGCUGUAAAAACCAAAAUUAUAUGGAAAACGGAUGGAUUUGUAAACGAUUAUAAUGAAUAUGUGGAUGCUACUGUUUUAAACGAACAUUCUACAGGGGCUCUUAGACAAUUCCACAGUUUAAUUGUUGGAAGGUUACACUUGAUAGAGGAGAAUAGAUAUUCAAAAGGAACUGUGCGGUUUUCUGAUGUAUUGCGACGACCCCAAAUUUUAGAAGAGAAACAUGGAUUGGAUAAUUUAAUUCGUGGACUCACAACUCAGUUACAAUCUGCUUUUGAUCAAUUUCAUGAUAGUGAGGUGACACAAUUCUUAUUUAGAAACGAUAAUGAAACAUUUGGAGUCGAUUUGAAAGCAUUUGAUAUUCAAAGAAGUAGAGACCAUGGCAUAGCAUCUUAUAACGAUUAUAGGGAACUCUGGAAAAUACCAAGAGCUAAAAAGUUUGAGGACUUUUUAGAUUUUAUCAGCUUGGAGAAUGUGGAAAAAUUAACAAAACUUUAUGAGAGCCCUGACGAUGUCGAUCUAGUAGUCGGUGGAUCACUAGAAAAAAAUCUUCCAGGUGCAUUGGUUGGUCCCACCUUUCUCGGUAUUAUCGUAGAAGCAUCUUACAGAACUAGGGUCGGAGACAGAUUUUGGUUUGAGAACGAAGGACCUAACGGUUUUAAUUUGGAACAACUUCAAGAAAUUAGAAAGUCCAGUAUAUCCAGAUUAUUGUGCGAUAAUGGAAAUAAUAUUGAGAAAAUGCAACCUCGGGGAUUUGAAAGAUUAUCAUUUAGCAAUCCGCUUCUUACUUGCCACUCCUUACCAGCUGUAGAUCUCUCACUGUGGAAAGAAGGAUAUAAUUUCAAACUGUAUGGAUAGAAUUUACCACUAAAAUAUGGAGUCAGAAAAAACAUCGAUUCCCAAUAUUUGUGCACAAAAUGUUUAAAAAUUUGGAAUCAAUAUGUUAUAAAAUGUUUGAUUUAUAUGCAACUUUCACAAGUACAAAAACCAAUUUAUAUUAUUUCUGAAUGUUUAACGUAUCUUGUUAAUAUAGUUUUUUAGAUACUUCUGUGAUAUGCAUUUUCAUGAAUUAAAAAAUAUUCGUAGUUUCUAGAAACUAUUAACCCAGCUUGGAAUGUUAUUAAUAAAACAACUAAAAUAAUUCUGUCAGGUUUACUAUGCAAAAAAUAACAACAAAUAAUUAUUAUACAAAGAUUAUUUAAAUAAAUUUUAUAUAUGAAAAUAUAAAGUAUUUUCUUUAAAUAAAAAGUAACAUCUUUUUAUACUACAAGACGCUUAAGAGGCAAUGCACCCAGAAGGUUUAAAGUAAAGCUAAAUAGCUAAUAGUAGUGGAUAUGACGAUAAUAAAGUACCUUUAUUUUGCAAUCUUUAUCAUUUGUUCAUUAAAUAUUAUGGCAUAACCUACAGAAUAUUUUUUAUUGUCAUCAUAUUUCCCAUUAAUAAUCUCUUUUGUUAGCUCAUAAAAUGAUACGAUGGAUCUGUAAUUUGUACUAUAACCUAACAUACCUGAAAUUCUAGCGUUUCGAUUUGUACCUCCCUUAUAAUAAUAAAUUCAUUACUAAAUAGUAUAUAAACAUAACAUGAUUUAUAUACGAAAGAUUGAUUAAAUUGCAUUUUCGACUUGUUUGUUCUUCCGCUAAAGUCCAAUUAUUCUUAACUAAUAAUAAGGACACACAUUAAAUUAACAAUGUACAAAAAAUUAAAAGAUGCCUAUAGAAAAAUGAAUACUAAUUAUAAGAUUAAUCGACUUACCUGUAGGGAUGAUUAAUCUUAAUUAUUCGAGCGUCGUAGUCCUUCUAUGAUAGUUGAUAGAUACACUUUAUUGUGGAUCGCGCGCAAUGAUUUUAAAGCCAAAAAACUGCUAUACGGUACCCACAUCGGCCUGGCGAUAAACCCAUGUACAUGGCUCAGUUUCAUUUUUGGUAAACUGCACCAACUGCAUCUGGGGCCUAGGGCAGGGUGGGCCCUAUCAUAGAAGGACUACGACGCUCGAAUAAUUAAGAUUAAUCAUCCCUACAGGUAAGUCGAUUAAUCUUAUAAUUAUUCAUCGCGUCUUCGUCCUUCUAUGAUAGUUGAUAGAUGUUUAAAGAACCAAAUUUGGGUACAGUUUACCAAUAAGUCUAUAUUUGAGAGUGCAAAAUGAUGUUCUUUGUAGGUACCUACUUGUAAAUACAAAAUUUAAAAAAUUUAGGGACAAAAAUGUAUAAUUUUAUUACAUAAUUUUAUUAUAUAAUUCUAUUAUGUUUUAGUAAUUUAAGAAACACAAUGAUUAUAAAUAAUAUAUGUAGUUUCUGUACUUUAAUAAUUUUAUAACAAAUUGGAAAACAAAAUAUAAUUUUGAUACAUUAAAUAAUUAUCCAAAUAGAAAUUAUCUGGUAGUUAUUUCUUUCUACACCUAAGAAUACAUCUUGCAAAAUUAAAUUUUUCCUGAAUAGUUGGCCUAUUAUAAAGGGUAUUAAAACUCUAGAUUUUUUAGUCCAGCCUGCAGUCUUUAAUAAUAAAUCUAUAUUUAGGCCUGCUCGAAAACCGAACGAUGUCGCCGCGUGCUUGACUGAAUGACUACUAAAUAUCUGUGUUAAUCCCACUUUUACCUAAUAUUUCUUUUAUCAAUCUGCUAAGAGUUUAAAUUGAAGCUAGAUGUUAAGGUUUGUGGUAAGUAUAAAUUAAUGAACCAUCUGUUUUAAAUCCUUUUGUAACCUUAAUAUAAUGGUCUGUAAGAGAUGCCACACGGAGGUUUGGAUUUUCAUUAAAAAAUGGAAAGAUAAGAACGGGUUGAGAACGGUUCAAUCCAAAUGUUCUUAUUAUUGAUGAUAUUUUUAUUUCUAACUUAUCCUGAAAUUGCAAUAUGUUUUUUUUUUUUUUUUUUUUUUUUAAUUCAUUCUUUGAUAAAGUUUGCAAACGAUGGGCUGAGGUGAGAGCUAAUAACAGUCAACUUAUGGGUUUAUUCCUUGAGGGGAUAGUGAUUCUAAAAGAAUAAUUUUUUUUUUUUUUUUAAAUAGCCCCUUUUAAAAACCGUUUUAUUAUCUUUUCAUCAUUUGUUCCAAAAUCAAUAAGGUCAGGAACAGUUAAGUGUAAAAUAAGAUAAACCCUCUUCUAGCAUUUCCCGCAAAAACCCAAAAUAUUAUCUAAAAAAUAAUUGUAGGGAUUGUAUUUCUUAUUUAAACAAAAAUGCCACCACUUCUUAUACGCAGUUGCAUACUGUUUUAAUGAUUUUUCUGAGAUGGAUGCUAACAUUAUGGGAUUGGCAGUCCGGAAUCUUUUUUUUUUUUUGUUCUUACCGCCUCCCAGACAAUUUUCCUGCCACCAGGAAAAGGGAUCUAUGAAGCGGAUGUGGAUUCCUGAAAGGGGAAAUCAGUAAAUUUUUGUUUGCUUUAAAAAUGAAUGGUUUCUCUAUUAAUAGUUGAACAAAUGUCGGAUACCACGGUUGUGAAGGCCAAUAGGACACAACAAGAAUACCAGUAGCCUUUUUUUUCCUGAAUGUUUUGUAAGAUUCGGCCUGUUAAUGUAAAUGGUGGAAAUGCAUAAAAAUAAUAUAUUUUCCAUUCAAUAGUGAACGAACGCAUCCACUGUUAGACUGUGUGGAUUGGGGUACCACGACACAUAUCUUAAGCAUUUUGCGAUUUUGUUAGAUGCAAAAAGAUUAAUGGAUGGUUCUCCAUAAUUUUCUUUUAUUUUCUGAAAAUAGUUAGAUCCUAACUCAAAUUCAGUAUUUUCAAAUUUUGUUUUUAAUAAAAUAUCUACUUUUGAAUUUUUUAAAAUAUUGAUGUAAGAAGCAAACUCAUAAAUGUUUCUAAACUUUCACCAAAGCAAAAUAUCCCGGAAAAUUUUAUUGAGUUUUCUAUAUUUUAUACUUCCCAUUUUAUUUAUACAGGCUACAGCAGUUAUGUUAUCAAUGCGUAAUAAUAUAUUACAAUUUUUAAAAUUUGUAGUGAGAGACUGUAACCCAUUAGGGGCUGCUGACAAUUCCAAUUAAUUUAUGUGUUCAGUUCUUUCUUCAACACUCCAAAAUUCCUUUCCCUCUAAAUUAUCUGUGUGUGCUCCCCAUCCUGAUUUUGAAGAGUCUGAAUAAAUUUCUAGACAGUAAGAUUCUUUAAUAAAAUUCCUACCAAAUAAAGCUAAAUUCUGAAGCCACCAACAAAAUUCAUUUUUUAAACUUGUGGGAAUUUGCAUCUUUUUAUUAAAAUCUUGUUUGUGUAGUUUUAGAUUUCUUUGUUUUACUGUCUCAAAGGUUUUGUAUAAAGCAAACCAUAUUUAAAGACAGGAGCCAUUGAUACUAAUUUCCCAACAAGGGAUGCAUAUUCUUCAAUUCUACAAACCUCUCGAUGUCUAAAUUUUUCCAAUACAUUAUUGUAAUUUCUAUUUUUCUAUUUGGUAAUUUAAUCUCCAUUAAACUAGAAUUAAAUGUAAAACCUAGAACAUCUUUCUCUUGUUGGUGUAGCAAUAUACUUUUCUUGUAAUUUAUUACAAAGCCUUAAAAUUCUAACAAAUCCCUGGUCAUUUCUAAAAAUUUUUUCCAUUCACUGUAAUCUCUGCCUAUAAGCAAUAUGUAAUCAAGGUAUAUAACUAAUUUUACUCCACGUUCUCUUAAAUAUUUAACAACGGAUUUUAAUAAUUUCGUAAAUAUAUUAUAUGCUGCUAUGUUUAAGCCAAAGGCAACACAAUUAAAUUGGUAUAGAGUAUUUUGAAAUAUAAAUCUAAAAUAUAUUUUUUUUUUUUUAUAUAAUUGUUAUCUAUAGGAAAAGAAAAUAGGCUUCUUUAAGGUUUAACUUUGUAAAAUAUGAAUUUUUUGAUAUUAAACUAGCCGCAGCUAUGUAGUCUUCUAGUUUAAAAUGUUUUGUAGGAAUAAACUGUUUAAUAAUUUUAAAUUUAGUAUAAAACGAAAAUGUCUUAUCGAGUUUUUUAAUUAGAAAAUAUGAUGAUAGAAAUUGAUCUUCUAUAAAUUUGCAUUUAUCACCCUUUUUAUUAACAAUUUAUGUAUGUCCUGCUUAAAGUUUGGAAUUUUCGCAGGAGGUAUUCUAGGUAUAAGAUUACCUAUAUGUCUAUUUUGUUUUAGUAUCUGUGAAAAUAGUAAUAUAAUACCUAUCAGCCAUUGAAAAGCAUUUUUGGAGCCUGGUUUCAAAAUAUUUUAAUUUUCCCGCUAUUAUAUCUACCUUUAUUUUCGGAUUUUGGAGCGCCUCAACUUCCGAUACUUUUGAUAAUGGUUGUAGUGUUCCCUGCGGUAACCCUGGUUUGCGGUUUUCCUUGGGUAUUGGUUCUUUGCUGACGACUGAUCCCUUUCUUUCGUUCUCUUUUUGUACUGUGAACGCUUGAAGUUUAAAUGCUGAGUUCCUGAAGAUUAGUGAAAAAAUAUUCAUUUUUUGAAAAGGGAAAUUUAUUGACCAGAUCUUUCCGAUUUUCUUCGAUACAUCCUCUUUGAGGUAGUUGGAUCACCGAAUUACCAAUUUUUCAUGUAGUUCCGCUCCUAUACUAUUAAUUGUCUUUGUAUUUUCUCCGAGAAAAUUGAGAACUGAAUGAUUUGUGUCUAAACUAGCAAAAUCAUAGUCUGAGGAUGGAUCUGAAUCUGUUAAAUAAAACAAAACCCUUUAUAAUAAACAACGCAAACAAUAAUGUUACUAUUUGAAUAUUUUAAUCAAUUCAAUUAUUUGCAGACAAUAAUCUGCAGGUUCCUGUUAUCAAAACAACCACACCCUAAUUAAUUACGUGGCAUUACUCUGCAGACAAUAAUCUGCGGGCUUCUGUGAUCAAAACAACCACACCCUUAAUUAAUUUCGUGGCAUUAUUCUGCAGACAAUAAUCUGCGGGCUUCUGUAAUCAAAACAACCACACCCUUAAUUAAUUUCUUGGCAUUACUCUACAGACAAUAAUCUGCGGGCUUCUAUGAUCAAAACAACCACACCCUUAAUUAAUUUAUUGGCAAUACUCUACAGACAAUAAUCUGCGGGCCUUUUGUAGUCAAAAACCUAUACCCAUGCCUCUAUAUUAUAUUUCUUUAUCGGUUUUAUAAAAAGAACGCAAGAAAGGUACAAAAAAAUUAUUAUUUUUAUAACUAACCUGCAGAUUUUGUGCUUUCCGAGACAGAACUACUUAAUAUUUUUUCCAAACGAACCAUUUUCUUCUUUAAUUCCUUAAUAUUUUCCAAAGCUUUUCUUUUUUCUUUUGAUCUUGGUAUUUUUUAAAACGAUUUUUGCACAAUCUUAAAUAUCAUAACACACGCGAAGCGCAAUAAAAUGAAACUGAGCCAUGUACAUGGGUUUAUCGCCAGGCCGAUGUGGGUACCGUAUAGCAGUUUUUUGGCUUUAAAAUCAUUGCGCGCGAUCCACAAUAAAGUGUAUCUAUCAACUAUCAUAGAAGGACGAAGACGCGAUGAAUAAUUGACUAGGUAAAUGACGAUAAAAAUCUUUACCUUUCUGAAGCAGUACCAUUGACAAGGUACUAUCGUCAAUUGCCAAUAGCUCUUCAAAUUAACUACAUUUACUGAAAUAUAAGGAGUGAACCACCAAAAUUGUUUCUAAAAUAGGCCAUAACCAACAAAGACAGAGAUACUAGUCAUAUCCAUGAAUUAAAUCCAAACUCACACUUAAAAAGAAUUGUACACUCUGACAUGUGUGAAUUUUUCCAAGGCGUUACUUUAGAAACAUUAUUUGUGGAUUAUUUCAUGUAUUAUAUAUGUAAAAAAAUUGUUUUCCUGAAAUGUAUUUCGAGAAAAGUCCGUAACACUCUGAAUAGAACUAUGUAACAUAAGGUAAGUUGGGAUAAUUGUCAACCGAAAACCGUCCGCUUCCUCCUUAAAUGAAAGCCACCACUUCCUAGUUGCCGCUUAAAUCAAACAAGCGCGUCAAGUCAAAACCCGCUUCAGAUUGGUUUCAGACGCCGCAUGGUCGACUGCUGUUAUUUCACUCAGUAACCAAAUUCAGCACGUGUUUUUUGAAAUAGCCGCCAGAUCCAUAUUUUUCGGGUAAGUGUUUGAAAGUUAAAUUUUUUAAAUGAUUCAUAAGUUGUAUUUUUGUGAGGUUUUAUGGAAAAUUGAAUUAUAAGUUUUUUCUGAAGGCCUAUAACACAUUUACCCCGCGGAAAAAGGAGGUCGGGGUAAAUGUGUUAUAUACUAUAUUACAUUUACCCCACAUGCUAUUACAUUUACCCCUUUUAUUUUUUCAGAUAAAAUGGUUCGAGUUUAUAUGAAAAAAAUCUGAUGUGUCCAACACAUGACUUUCCUAUCUAGUUAUUAUAGGCUUUUUCUGGUUAUUUUGUACAACCUAUUGCAGCACCUCUAUAAAUAUUUAGAGGAUAAACUAAAUAUAUACAUUUUCCCAUACAUCUACCUUGAAACAUUUUUCUAUAUUCAUUGAAAACGAAAAUCCUAAAAAUUUUAAAUUUACAACUCUUCUUCCAAUUCUUCCAUUACGGUCCGUUUUAGAAAAAUCAUAUAUAAACAAAACAUAUAGAGAUCGAUAUCGCAAACAACUUUUAGUUCAACAAGUUUCAUAAAAAUCAGAAUUUUUCAUAUUUUGUCAAAUUUCUCGAAUACGGACCAUUUCAGGAAAUUUUGACAUAAAACAAAAAUUAUAUAUAAUAAUAUUAGAAGUAACUUUUAUUUGAAGAAUUUUCUUCUCCAAACAUAAAUAAGAGACAUAUUCCAUAAAAUAUAAAAAUGGCCUCCCAUAAAGUACCCCCAGAUGUUCCGACUUUGUCUAAAAUUUAAUCAUUUCACGUCAGGCCGAAAUAAAACUUAAGUUUAAAAUUUAAUGUUUUUUUCUUUAUCCGUUUUUGAGUUUUCUUCAAAAUUCGAAAUUUACAUAUUUUCUCAAAUAUCUCGAAUACGGUCUAUUUUAGAGAAAUUAUGUAUAAAAUAAAAAUUAUAGAGAAUUAUGUUACAAACAACUUUUACUUGAACAAUUUUUAUAAAAAAAUAUUUUUUUACAUUUUGUCAAAUUUCUCGAAUACGGAUCAUUUUAGGAAAAUUUUGUAUAGAACAAAAAUUAUAGAUAAUUAUAUUAGAAGUAACUUUUAUUUAUAAAUAACAGAUAUAUUCUAUAAAAUAUAAAAAUGAUCACCUAUAAAGUACCCCCCCAGAUGUUCCGACUCUGCCCAAAAUCUAAUCAGUUCAUUAGACGCUGGAAUAAAGCUUCAGUUUAAAAUUUGGUGUUUUUCUGUGUAUCGGUUCAUGAGUUAUGCGACAUACAGACACACGCACACACACACACACAGACAUCAUCGCGAAAAUAGUCAAAACGGAUUCAGGGGACCUCAAAACGUAAAAAUCCGUCAAAAACUCGAGGUCGAAAAAAAUCAUGAUUCCUAUACUUUCCUUAUAUCUGUAUACAGAUAGGAAAGUAAAAAGGGACCAAAGACGCUAAGUACCCAAUAGAAACGUUGGAGCUAGCAGUACGAGAAUGCCAAGCGGGACAUUUGACAAUGUAUAAGGCGUUUACAAGAUAUAACAUACCAUACAGUACCAUAUAUAGUCGCGUAAAAGAACUUUGAGGAAUGAAGAAAAACGUAAAGGUCGACAAACAGCAUUAACGAGCAAUCAAGAGCAGGAGUUAGCCUCUGGACUGGCCACUUUGGAAAAGUGUGGUUUUGGACUAUCAAAAAAGGAAGUUUUGGAACAAGUUUCUCUUUUCGUUAAAGAAAAUAAGUUAGAAACUCCUUUUUAAAAUGGAAUGCCAGGAAAUUAUUGGUUCCUAGGUUUUAAAAAACGGCAUGAUCUUAGCAUUAAAGUACCCCAGUCAGUUGAAUAUGCUAGAAAAAAAGCCACUGAUCCAUUUAUUAUCUUUCAAUACUUCGAUCUUUUGGAAAAAACGUUGAAAGAACUGAACCUAAAAGAUAAACCUGCCCAAAUUUGAAACCUUGAUGAAAGUAGUUUUUCCAUAGAUACUACCCAGCUAGCACAUAACGUUGCCAUGCCUUUCGGCGAUGUUGCAUUAAGGGAACGUAAUAACAUUACUGUACAACGUAAAUGCAACGUUCAUGAGAAGUUGUUGAGGGAAAUCAAAACCUCGCAAAACUUCUAUUUGUUAUUUACCUAGUUAACCUACCGUAAACAUUAC